AUGGAGAUCCCCAAAACUCAUCCCGGCUCCCCACCCCUGCUCCCACACUCUUCCCAACGGCAGCUCGGUCAGGAAGGAGCCGAACUCACCCCAAAAUUCCUCCCGCUCAGGCUCCAAGCGCGCAUCGCCCACCGCAUCCAAGAGCUGGAGAACCUGCCCGGCUCGCUGGCCGGAGACCUGCGGACCAAAGCCACCAUCGAGCUCAAGGCCCUGCGCCUGCUCAACUUCCAGCGCCAGCUGCGGCAGGAGGUGGUGGUGUGCAUGCGGCGGGACACGGCGCUGGAGACGGCGCUCAACGCCAAGGCCUACAAGCGCAGCAAGCGGCAGUCGCUGCGCGAGGCCCGGAUCACCGAGAAGCUCGAGAAGCAGCAGAAGAUCGAGCAGGAGAGGAAGCGCCGGCAGAAGCACCAGGUGGGGAAGAAUUCCAGCGUGGGACGUUCCCGCGG